CCCGAGUUGAUUUCGUGUCAGAACAAGCGACCACUGUAUUGCCUUUCUCUGGACUUAAAUGAAUACGAUCAGGCACACCGAAUUAGGCAAAAUCGGCAAUAUCGAUCAGCUAAAAUCGCUAAAUUUUACCGAAACAAUUUUUUACCUAGAGAUACUUGCGGCUGGGCUGGUCGAUCAGGGUGUGCUGGUACUCUGGAUCGAUGUAGAGAACCCAGUAGUCCCCGGUGACCGGAAACACCGGCAGGAUUGGCGGAACCUUCAAUUUCACCUUCAAUUUUGCCUCAUCGCUCUCCGGAUCGGCCUUGUACGCAAUCCCUUCGAUGAAGCUCCGCUUCCUGUCGCUCCACGUCUCGUUCAAGACGCCGACGGUGGCACCGUCCUCCUUCAGCGUGUAGGUCGCCCUCGUGUUCUCCCCCUUCUUCGGCUGGAACAAGGCCGGGACGAGGCGAUCUCGUACCACCGGCCCAUGUACCGGGGGACGUCGAGGUUCCUCACCACUUCCAUUGGCUUCUCUGUCGACCACAAGACCUUCAACAACAUCAAGAUCACCAUCCUCUGCGGCUUCGUCACCAUCCUCGUCCUCCGCGGCACAAUCGGGAUCGGCAACCUAUCCAGCUCCGAAGCCGACGCCGUCAACCAAAACCUAAUCGAAGAUACCAACCCCGACCUCGCCGAGAUCCGCUCCGACAAGGACCCCGACGACCCUGCCGGCUCCACCGACGAGCCCCAAUCGAAUGCCGAAGCGCUGCAGCCUGCAGAUAAGAAGCAUACCUAAAGGAAAAUUGCAAGUGCCAGAAGAAAAGGCAACAAUCAAAAGAACGUAUUGGACCCAAAACCAUAUCAGAAAACAAGAUUCAUUGAGGCUGGAAACAAGAGAAUGUAUUGAGACUCUAAGUCGUUAGUAAACGAUUUCACGCCGCCUUGAGGAUGUACACUAAGAGAAUACAAAGCAGAAGCACUCACAUUUUGGCUACUUCCAAAACUCCUUCACGACAUGUCAUGUCUGAAAGCUUCAACUUCUCAAUAUGUCUAUACCAUCAAUUGCAUCAUUUGCCGGGGAAACACGAUGCACGAUGCAACCAUUAUGUCAAGGACGUUUAGAGUUGUUGUAAUAAGCAAAAACGAUGCACUACUAUCAUUUGACACCAUCUCAUUAGUUAAAAUGCACAAGUAUAGACUUAUGUUUUAGCA